CCGCACUUGAUGCUACCUGCCGCGUGCAUCCGCCUGAGGCUGUCGUGCACUUUUGACCUUUUAUCUUAAAUCUUUCUACCGAGUCCCUGUGAUACCUGUUACCUCAAACCUUUCCUCGAGGUUCUGUUUUACAUCUCAUCUGACCAGCGCUAACGUUGCCAUUACAACCAAUUUGUCAUACUCAUCCAAAUCUCCAAGUGUACAUAUUAAAACGAGUUAGACUUGUAUGUAAAACGUUCACAGUCGAAUGUUUUGAUUCACAGCUAGCUCGCAAUCUAUAACCACCGACGGCGCAACCAUAAAAAUACCUAUUUAAUCUCGUCGCCUAAAAUGCGAUCGAGCUUCCUCUGAAUGAACACGACCUGCUAUACACAAAGGCUUUCGAGCGAGUUGUUCGGGCUGGGAGUUUCAACGUAAUAAUUGCGAACCGGCUGCCUGAACUGUGUUUCGCGCAGUCGGUGUGAACAACCAUUCCUGAGGGCCAGCGCCUGCGCAUUCUCAAUACUUCCAAUGGACCCGAAUGACGACUCGCAGGCCACCCAACCAGCUACUCAGAAUGCCCUAGAUCCUAGGAGGUUUGGGAAGCAGAACUCGGGCUUCUCAGACGAGGACAUAUCCGAUAUAAUAUGUCUACUAUAUCCUAAUUCCGACAGCGCCAGCCGCGAGGUUCAGAGGAUCGCGUCCUCGUCCGAAUACGCCCACCACACUGCUGGGAGGUACACCGCUGAUGCCAUAGACUCAGACCUAUACCUAGAAGACGAUGCUCAGGACUUUGGACGAACUCGAGGGAUUGGCGACCACGCCCUCGUGAUCAAAUUGUCAUCGGUUCUCAAGGAUCCGCGUCUAGGUUUUACCUUCGGCCGCAAUCGAGCGCGGUGUGAUCUUUGCUUUGACUACGACCCGAGCAGGAGGCUUAGCAAUAUUCAUUUUCGCAUAUUUGCCAAUAAGUAUGGCACUGUCAUGUUAGAAGACCAAUCGACAAAUGGCACUGUCGUAGACGGCAAAUUGCUUCGGAAACGCGCUGAUCCUCAGAAGCCAAGUCAGAACAAUCCGACUAAGAGGACUCUAGAGAGUGGAUCGACCAUCAAGAUUGUUAUGCAUGACACUUCGAAGGAUCUUCUCUUCCUCGUGCGCAUUCCCCGUCGCGAUGGUGACCACGAUGUAGCAUAUAGAAGGAAACUCGGUGCCUAUCUACGGAGAGCUCAGGGGCAGGAUGAUGAUGCCAACAGGACUAUAGGCCCCGGACCAAGUGGCCAUGUUAACCUUUUUCCACCUCCGCGAAACAGGACCGGCACUAAAGAUGAGCCUUGGGAGACUACGCAAAGCCAUCCGCGCCUGCCCCGUGAGUGGCGCGGUGGUGAGAAGUAUGCGCGCGUAGGUGUCAUCGGGAAGGGGGCUUUCGCUACCGUCCACAAGGUUACUUCAAAAUAUGACGGCUCGCCAUAUGCGGCGAAAGAGCUAGACAAGCGCAAGUUUAUGAAGAAUGGCGUUCUAGAUCAGAAAGUCGAAAAUGAGAUGAAGAUUAUGCAAAAGGUUCACCACGAAAAUAUUGUCCAGUAUAUCGAGCAUUUCGAUUGGGAUACACACCAGUUCUUCAUCAUUAUGGAAUUUGUUCCAGGUGGUGAUCUGGGCAAGUAUAUCCUAGAGCACGGUCCGAUAGCAGAGCCUUUCGUUAAAAUUAUGGCCGAACAGCUGCUUAAUGCACUUGGGUAUCUUCAUGAAAAUAAGAUUACUCACCGCGACGUGAAGCCUGACAAUAUUUUAAUACACUCGACGAAUCCCCUCGUAGUCAAAUUAACGGAUUUUGGCUUGUCCAAAAUGAUUGAUACCGAACAGACUUUCCUCAAGACGUUCUGUGGAACACUUCUGUACUGCGCCCCUGAAGUUUACAGCGAGUAUUCAUCAUAUGAUGAUAAUGGCAGACGAACGCAGAGAAAUAAUCAGAGACAGGUCGAUAGGGAAAGAUACGACCACGCAGUAGACAUAUGGUCUCUCGGGGGUGUUUUAUUCUAUGCUCUCACCGGCAGUCCGCCUUUUCCUGUUAAGAACGGGGUCACAUACACGGAGCUGCUCGACCAUAUCAUUAAGAUACCGCUUAACAUCACUCCCUUAUCACGGGCUGGUAUAACUAGCAAUGGUAUUCACUUUCUACUAAGGAUGAUACAUGUAAGACCAGAAACCAGGGCAACUAUUCUGGAACUACAAAAUCAUCCAUGGAUUGUAGGGGAAACAGGCUCCGUCAGCGUGGUCUCCGACGACAAGGACUUAGGACAGGCGGCUUCGCAGCUUAGUCUCGACGAUAGACAAACGGCUCAGUUCACCGACGAUGCCUUUAGGGAACCAGAGCCUGAUUUCUCUGUCGAAUCCGAAUCCGAAAAAGAAAAUUAUACAUUUGGGCAACAACGCCCGAAUCGACUGUUUGGGGAAGUGAAUAAUUCGGUAUUGGGUAGUUCUGGUGCCAUCGGAGAGGAUCAUCUAAAUCUCCCAGUCUCGGACACGAAUUUUAGAGAACCUGAUGCGCUAGAGACCGAGAUUCUCGAUAGUUUCGAGGAAUCCGAGAAUCUUUCUACCCCGAGGCAAAAAGGUCGCAUAAGUAACGGUGUCCUGUCACCCAGCAGAGACCCGCUGCGGAGCAGCACGGAAAGUAUUGUACUAGGUGCACAUUCCCAAAGCCUUGGUGGUGCCUCUUCGAUUCUUGGAAACUUGAACGUGAAGUCGCUGGCCAAUGGUGACCCAAACCUCCGGUCUAGAACUGCCGACUUAACUACGAGUAAAAGAAAACCCGCAUACGAUACUAGUGACGAAUAUGAGGCAAGCGAGACUUGGAUAAAGCCAUCAUUCAAGAGACUCAAAUCUUUAGGUGAUAUUGAUACAUCCGAGACUGAAGAGGACGAGCUCCGCUUGCUCGCUUGCGUCCCCCAGGUUGUGAAGAACGAGUCGGGUCGCCAAAUUGACUAUCCACUACCUAAGACAACAUUUUGGGAUAGUUCAAACAAGCACACAUGGCAUUUAGAUUAUCCUGAGAUGACUCAUCUCCAAUUCAACGCAUUCGAGCUCGCUGCUCAGAAGAGGAAUGAAGAGUUUGGGCCGAGGAAAUCGCGCCUUUGGGACCUCGCAAUGAGGCACUUCCCACCUACGCGCAACCGGAACCCUCCCAAGGAUACAGGAAGGGUUCUGGUAUUACGACCAGCUCUACUUAAGCGGGAUAACCGGUUUGCUGAUGAGAUGCAUGGCUCGCCCAUGUCCCACGAGGCUUCGGCUCCUGUCGAUGAUGAUUCUGAGUCGAUUCCAGAUACGUUACCACCAGAAACUCAAACCAUACCACCAACGCAAGCCCCCGAGCUACCGCAAGCGGUCGCGGCCUUUUACUCGACCGAAGGAUCAUUAGUGUCAGGAAUAUCAAUCCGUCUAAACGACCCCGUGAUGUCGUGGGGACGGGAUCCUAACAACACGGUUGUUUACGAGCCAGUCGUUGAGUCUAAGGUUCCUAAGAAUGCAUUCAGAGUCAUGUUAUGGAGAGACGGCUAUGCUGCUUCUUUGGGCGAUUUCCGUCCGUGGGUACCGGCUCGGCCAGCGAAUAACCGUACGAUGCGAGCUUCGCCUGAACCAGAUUCAUUCGCAUUUUAUAUAUCAACUAAGGCAACGAACGGGAUACGAAUCAAUAACUGUCCUUUGCAGGCCAAUGAGCCAAAGGAUAGCACGGCCGCUUGUAGAUACUGGAUGAAGCUGUACCACGGGGACACUAUAGUCUUCUGGGGAUCCGACAACAUUCACAGUCAGGCAAAAGUUACAUUCGAAUGCUACUGGGGAGGGUCAUCAGGUCUUAGACCGGUAAAUGAGCCUCCGGCAUGCGUGCCCGAGCCCCAGGCUCGCAAACUUGAUCGUCUCUGGCCUAAAGCCGUGACUACGCUUCACUAUGAUAGAAUCAAAGCCGAGGCACAGCGCGAUCAGGAAAUGAGGAUGCAAAGCAUGGACGAAGAAGUAGAGCGCAGUCGGGUUUUCGAAGAUAAACGUGCUGGUGCGGUGAGGAUCCUUGCUUCGCGUGCUUCUCGCAUGUCUUCACCAGCCAGCUCAACUCCCUCAACGGUGAGAGCGAUGCCUCAAGCACUGCAUACUAUACCAUCAUCGUAUAUACAGAGCAGUGGAUAUAACUAGCGUAUACUCACCUCGGCGCUCUUGGAAUUCUCUGCUGCAUCUCGCUAAUGAAGGAAUAUACGGUCUCGACAUAGCUGAAUAUGUGAGAUACAAGAGGCUAUACCCCGAUGUCGUUCUCCGCACUUAUAGAAGUCCUAGCUAAAACUAUAGUGCCAAGUUUAUGCACCUCUAACAGUAAGGGGCCCCCUUAAUUUGGAAAUGGGAGAGUAUUUAUAGUGUCAUCGUCCGUGUAGGUAUGAUCCAUAUGG